GGCCACGCCCCUGCAGGUAAACAUCAUAAAGCGCGUGAUAAUGCACCGCGCUGCAGUCAGGUCAUUCAGCGUGGUUUGUAAGUUACAACAAACGAAACACGAGUCCAAUAGUGAAGUGGUGUCGGCUUGUCUCCAGGCCGUGUCGUCUCUAACGGACCAAUCAGCUUUCAGCGGGCCUGAGAGGCAGCGCGAGCCCUGACUGACUGAGCGCUCGAGCGUGCGGGAAAAUUCUGUCACCGAGGCACCACCAAACACCGCAUCCGCAAAAUGCCGAAUAAAACGAAAAAAGAAAAGGAAUCGCCGAAAUCUGCUAAAGCCAGCAGUAAAAACAGUAACGUCAAUGCUGGAAAGGACACCGGGAGUGAAAAUUCAGAUGAGGCGCAGCAGCAGACAGCCAGCAAGCGUCCCAGCAACAGCACCCCACCUCCAACUCAGCUCAACAAAAUCAAGUACUCAGGUGGUCCACAGAUCGUCAAGAAAGAGCGCCGACAGAGCUCUUCUCGCUUUAACCUCAGCAAGAAUCGUGAGCUGCAGAAGCUUCCUGCUCUUAAAGAUGCCCCGCCCAUCGACAGGGAGGAGUUGUUUGUUCAGAAGCUGCGCCAGUGUUGUGUACUGUUUGACUUCGUGAUGGAUCCUCUCAGUGACCUGAAGUACAAGGAGGUGAAGCGUGCUGGACUGAAUGAGAUGGUGGAGUACAUCACACACAAUCGUGAUGUAGUUACUGAAUGCAUCUACCCCGAGGCUGUCAUUAUGUUUUCAGUGAACCUAUUUAGGACCCUGCCUCCUUCUUCUAAUCCUACUGGAGCAGAAUUUGAUCCUGAGGAGGAUGAGCCUACACUGGAAGCAGCUUGGCCUCACCUGCAGCUGGUGUAUGAAUUCUUUUUACGGUUCUUGGAGUCACCCGAUUUCCAGCCUAAUAUCGCCAAAAAAUACAUUGACCAAAAGUUUGUAUUGUCUCUCCUGGAGCUGUUUGACAGCGAAGACCCCAGAGAGCGGGACUUCUUGAAAACAAUUCUCCACAGGAUUUAUGGCAAGUUUCUGGGACUUAGAGCGUACAUCCGUCGACAAAUCAACAACAUAUUCUAUAGGUUUAUAUAUGAAACAGAGCAUCACAACGGCAUUGCAGAACUCUUGGAAAUUCUAGGAAGUAUAAUUAAUGGUUUUGCCCUGCCAUUGAAAGAGGAGCACAAAAUGUUCCUGAUUCGAGUGCUCCUCCCACUGCACAAGGUCAAGUCACUCAGUGUCUAUCACCCGCAGCUGGCAUACUGUGUUGUUCAGUUUUUGGAAAAAGACAGCAGUCUCACUGAACCGGUUAUAAUGGGUCUCUUGAAGUUCUGGCCCAAGACCCAUAGUCCUAAGGAGGUGAUGUUCCUGAAUGAGUUGGAGGAAAUCCUGGAUGUUAUUGAGCCUUCAGAGUUUGUAAAAGUUAUGGAGCCUCUGUUUAGACAGCUAGCCAAGUGUGUAUCAAGUCCCCACUUUCAGGUUGCUGAGCGGGCACUGUAUUACUGGAACAAUGAAUAUAUCAUGAGUCUGAUCAGUGACAAUGCUGCCAAAAUCCUCCCCAUCAUGUUCCCUGCUCUUUAUAAGAACUCCAAAAGUCACUGGAACAAGACAAUCCAUGGGCUUAUUUACAAUGCUCUGAAGCUCUUUAUGGAGAUGAACCAGAAGCUGUUUGAUGAUUGCACCCAGCAGUACAAAGCCGAGAAGCAAAAGGAGAAGUACAAACUUAAGGAGAGGGAAGAGAUCUGGCACAAGAUUGAACAGCUUGCUAAACAAAAUCCACAGAUUACAAAGAUCCAUCCGAGUUUCCGACAUGGUCUGCCUCCGGAUGCGUAUAUAAUGUAUAAUGAAAACCAAGGGAUGCCACACUAUUCCAUGGAGACAGAGACUCCCACUGCUGAGGACAUCCAGCUGCUGAAGAAGACUGUGGAAUCUGAGGCCACACAGGUAGAGCAGAGUAGAUGGUGUGGAGCUGGAGAGGAGAGGAUGGUUGAGGGUGAGGAGUCGGUGAAGGCAGCAGGUGGGGAAGAGGAGGAGAUGGAUACAGGGAAUGAAAGAUAUAAAGAAGGACAAGGUGCUGAUGCGACGGAAGUCAGAGCUGCCACAAGAUGUGUACACUAUAAAGGCUCUGGAGUCCCACAAGCGGGCAGAAGAGUACCUGACUGCUAAUCAGGAAGCCCUCUGACUGAGGAACACCACAACCAGUCACCUGCACCACGCCUAGACUGUCCCACUUGUAUUUGUCCAGAAAUGUCACCUGCUGUAUACUCCCUCCCUCCUUUCCUCCUUUUGUCUCUGCCUCUUUCCUUCUUCAUUUCCUCUUGGAGAGGCCUUUCUGCAAAAUCCUGGCCAGCACACAAUCAUGAAGAACUGCCAUUCUCUCUCCCUCUCCAUCUCCCUCCCUCAUUUCAAUGGCAACACCAAAUCACAAAAAAAAACAAUCAUGCAAAACACUAUUUGAAUUGUACUACUACAGUUUAUUUUGCAAAACAAGGUUUCCUCUUUAUUGUGAUAUAUUGUUUUUUUAAUGUUCUAUAUUUUGUCACAAUUUUUCCAAAUUUAACUGUCUUUACCUCUUUUGCCCUGCUUGUUUUUUUUUUUUUUUGUUUUCUUUUCCACUGGCCCUGUACAGCCAUAUUCAUUUAGGCAACUGACUGUGUUGUUAAAAGAUAAUAAGCAACCAAUUAGUGACACUGAGAGCGCAUUUGCUUGAGCCAGGUUUAGGGACUAGGGCGUGUAGGUCUUUAAUUCUGGAUCAUGUUGCCUUGCUCUUGUGGGACAGUGUGAUGCAUAUGAAUGUAAACUUACUAUCAAAAUAUACCACAGGAUCUGUAGAGCUGUUUGUUUCUUGCAGAAACCUAGCUGUUGAUAAUACUUGGUGUCCUCAUGCAAUAAGUUCAAAGUAAAAUCUAAUUGUGUAAAAGUACAUGACAAAUACCUCAAGACAAGGCAUCAUGCUUCCUCCUUAGAUGUCAUAAGUUCAAGCUUUUGUCAUCAGUUCAGCGACUGACCUAAAGGAAUCAGAGAGGUUUCUUGGUCCACGUGCUAGUGGCAGUCUGAAAUGUAUGAACCGAAAGCCUUGCUGUGCAGUAGAAUCGCUAUGAUUUUUAUUUACGCUGAGUGUCAACACAGGAUUUAAUGUUUAAUCUGUUUCCUGCCUUACUGGUGAACUGCGAACACAACACUGCAAGGUGCUGAAUGAAAGCGCUGACCUCUUAAAACACCAGCAGACCAUUCCGUAUUUUGUUAUCAUUCUACAGAUCAAUGCUGUAUCUCAAUGUUCUGUACCUCAAAUAAUGUGUCUACAAGUUACCAAUCACUCAUUACACAUUGUUCCAUGA